UCAUAAAAGCACAAUAUCUCCCUGUCUUACGGGAAGAGAGGUGAGUCGUGACCUACAGCCGCUCAGCUACAGAAAUCACAAUCCAGAGAGCAUCUUCUAAAACAGAUUUAUUCUUACAAAUCUGACAAAAUGAAACUCCCUCUUCUGACUCUCUGCCUCCUGGGCUCAGUCGCCCUGUGUGUUGGGCAGACUACAACUGUAGCUCCUCCAGCGACCGCAGCUCCUCCAGCGACCGCAGCUCCUCCACCGACCGCAGCUCCUCCACCGACCGCAGCUCCUCCACCGACCGCAGCUCCUCCACCGACCGCAGCUCCUCCACCGACCGCAGCUCCUCCAGCGACCCCAUCUCCUCCACCGACCCCAGCUACCACACCAGACCCAGCUACCACACCAGACCCAGCUACCACACCAGCCCCAGCUACCACACCAGCCCCAGCUACCACACCAGCCCCAGUUACACCAGCCCCAGUUACAACAAUCCCCGCAGGAGGGCUUUCAUCUGGCGCUAUAGCCGGGAUUACCAUCGGCUCCAUCGCUGGUGUGGGCGCUGUUGGUGGUGGUAUCUUUGGUCUGCUGAAGUUCACCGGGAAGAUCUGAGACCAGUUAUUCCCCCGAAGAGGAACAUGAUUAUAAGAUAAAAACAUUGAACAUCCUAAAAUCAAUCCUGAUGCUUUUAACUGGACUCUGAGAAAUAAAAACGUGUUGUCUGAAAGGCUCACGUUGGAAUAAAGAAAUCACAUGAUGACACGGCCAAGAGGAAGACAACAUAAAACACGUUUUUCAGAUCAUUACAAAAUAAUCUAUAAUCAUUUAUAAUAUUUUGUAUGUUUUUUUUCCUUUAUUGACGGAUGAAAGUAUUUCUACUACAAAUGUAUUUCUACUAUAACUACUAAUUCCCUUAUAAUUAACUGUCACCUUACGAUUUAUGCAUACAAUAAUGAGCAAUAUCUUAUAAAUGACUUUGGUUUUUUACGAUGGUGUACAAAAGAAAUAAACUGUUAUCAGAAAUCAUG